ACUCUUAACUUUAUUCUUCCAUGCCCCCACCAUUAAUGUCAGCUUCCUUUACAUUCAUUCUUUCUUUCCUUUGCUAUUCUUUUUCCUAGCUUCUUCCAUCAUUCCUUCUCACAUGAUCCCCCCCCUUUCUCUUGGAGAGCAAUGCCUCAUUGAUGUCCUGAAGAGUUAAUUGCCAAAGCUCAAGCUGAUCCCAAAAACAAUGGCACCCGAUAUAGGAUCAGUCUUUAACAAAUUCCUAUCUCUCUUUGUCCUUCUUCUCCAUCUUGGUUGCUUUAUUUUCACAACCAAAUUAGAUGAUCACCACCCUAAUAGCCCUCCGCCAACCAAGAAACGCAAAAAAGUCUCUCCUCUUGCUCCCAUCUCUUCUUCUCCUUCUCGCCUAAAAUCCCACAAAGCUCUAUCUUCCUCUUGGUCCUAUCUCAAAAGCAUUUUCUCUUCUAAAUCGUCCAAAACUCAAACUCAAUCUGGAACUCCGACUCUAACCUCAGCAAGAUCAUCACAGCAAUCCAUAGUCCCCACGAUUCCGCCUGAAACUCACCUGCCCGAGCUUCCACCUCGGAAAAAGUCAAGUGGGUCUUGCGAGGAAUCCGAUAUCUCAACAGAUCACCAUUUCUUUCCUUUAAGAAAUGAUAUCUUUCCAUGCACUGCUUGUGGUGAGAUUUUCCAAAAACCUCAGCUUCUUGAACAACAUCAAGCUACCAAGCAUGCUGUCACACAGCUUCUAGAUGGCGAUUCAGGCAAGAAUAUAGUCCAUAUCAUAUUUAAAACCGGGUGGUCAUGUAAAGAGAAGAGCCCAGAAAUCCAUAGAAUUUUGAAGAUCCAUAAUAGUCCAAAGAUACUGUCAAGAUUUGAAGAGUACAGGGAGUUUGUCAGAGCCAAAGCUGCAAGAAACAGUAAGAGAGGAGACGAGAGGUGCAUUGCUGAUGGUAACGAGCUCUUGAGGUUUUACUGUUCAACCUUUAUGUGUGAUUUAGGACUGAAUGAGGAUUCUAGCAUUUGUAACCAGCAAUAUUGCAGUGUCUGUGGGAUAAUCAAGUCUGGUUUCUCACCCAAGAUGGACGGAAUUUCUACACUAUCUACUAGUUGGAGAGCACACAUGGCGAUACCUGAGGAGAUUGAAGAGGAGUUCAAGUUCAUGAAUGUGAAACGCGCUAUGCUAGUUUGCCGGGUCGUCGCGGGUCGGGUCGGGUGCGACCUGGAAGAGGAUGUAGACAAGCAGGAUGGCGGGUCUGAUUCUGUCCUGGGAAGAGGUGGCAGUGGGGUCCACACCAGGUUGGAUGAGGAGGAGCUGUUGGUGUUUAAUCCAAGGGCUGUGCUUCCUUGCUUUGUGAUUGUAUAUACUGUGUGAGUGUGACCAUGAUAAUAGCGUAUGAUCCCUUCCUUCUGCUUUGUAGUUUUUAUAAUUUUGAUGGAUUGUCUAAGUGGUGAUGGUGAUGGUGAUGGUGUCAUGCGAGCGUUUGACUUUUCUUGAUCUGCGACCGUGACCAAAAUAUGGUCACCGCCCCAUACCAUUGCCCCAAGGAGGAGACUACAGAGUCUUAACUAGUAGAUAAUUAAUGCCACCUGGCUUGCUCUGCUUGUGAUUUUUUUUUCUUUUUUAUUUAUUGAUUAUUUAUUAUUAACCAUUAUCAAGGGCUAUGUUCACCAUACCUGUCAUGUAAUAGAUAACUCGCCUUCCAUUUGGAUUUUGGGAGCACUAA